AUGGCAUUGACAUCAUGGGACCGUCUGAUCCGCUACGUGUCCGCGAAAGAUGGCAAGAUUCGCUAUGGCGAGCCCAUAGUCUCCGAGGAAAAACCCGACAUCGAUGCACUUGCCUUGAACGGAGAUUUGAAAGUCAAAAUCUUGGAGGGCGCCGGUUUCGUUGAAGCAAAGCACACCGGCGAAGAAGAUUCCGUCAAGCAGCUCCUCGGCCCUCUCACUCCAGAAGACGUUCCGAUUGUGAGAUGCAUAGGUUUAAACUACAAAACACACAUCCUUGAAACAGGCUUCGACCUCCCAGCAAACCCCACCCUCUUCAUCAAAUCCUCCCAAACAGUCUCCAACACUCGCUCUCCCGUUCCAAUCCCCAAACUAGGCCAGACUCACUGUGAUUACGAAGGCGAACUAACAAUCGUCAUCGGAGCCGAUGCCAAGAACGUCUCCGAAGCAGAUGCUCUUAAUUAUGUUGCGGGCUACGUCACGGGAAAUGAUGUCUCCUGUCGUGAUUGGCAGAUGGAUAAAGACAAGGCGGGCAUGAUGCCACAGUGGUGCUUUUCCAAGUCUUUUGACAAGUAUGCUCCUCUCGGCCCGGCGAUUGUCUCGCCCAAGUUGUUGGGUGAUGCCAGUGGAUUGAGAUUGAGGACUUUGGUCAAUGGGGAGGAGAGGCAGAAUGUCGGUACUGCGGAUCUGUGUUUUGGUGUGAGGAAGUUGGUGAGCUUUUUGUCUACUGGACAGACUUUGAAGAAAGGGAGUCUGAUCAUGACGGGAACGCCUGGUGGAGUAGGACUUGGAAUGAAGCCGGCCAAGUUUUUGAAGGACGGCGAUGAGGUUGUGGUGGACAUCGAGGGAAUUGGCAAGGUUGUGAAUGUAAUGAAGUUUGAGUAG